AUGGACCAGAUUGAUAAUAGACCGAGUAAAAAUAUACCACAAAAUCUCUUUUGUGAAAUGAUGCAACAACAUAUAACGAAUGAUUUCUCAUUUUCACCAUAUUCAAAUAAUCAUUCGAAUCAAUUUAUGCAAGAAAAUUAUAAUGGCGAUGUCUCUUUAACACAAUCAUCAAAUACAGAUUAUGAACAAAAUGAAAAUGAAAAUGAAAAUGAACCAAUAUCAAGGCCCAUCAUGUAUAAAAAACGUGUACGAACAAAAUUUAAUUCAGAACAGCUAAAUGUACUCGAAUGUGCUUUUGAACGACAUCGUUAUCCAACAGUUGAUAUUAUUGAUGAUCUAGUUGAACAACUGAAUUUACCAACACAAAAAAUAACGAUUUGGUUUCAAAAUCGUCGAGCUCGGUUAAAAAAAAAUCAACAGAAACUAGAUGUGCAAUAUUCAUUAGAUAAAGAUGAUCACAAGCAAUACGAUAGUGGAAUUCAUUUGGAUGAUAAUAUUUCACAUGAUUCUUCAACAAGCCCUCCAAUUAAUUCAAUACUUCACUUGCCACCACCACCACCACCACCACCACCGUCGUCACUACCACCACUCUUCAUUCCAACACCUUCACCUUAUUAUAUGCCUGAUUCUCAUCAUUCAUUUUAUACUUCAAUGUGGCCAAAUUUUCGCUAUCCAAUACCACCACAUUCGUUUCAAUCGACAAUGACUGAUGCGGCUAAUAUACCUUAUAAUGGAAUGAAUUAUAAUUCAACUGAAAUGUAUUCACCAUUUGUUUUUCAAAAUGUCAGUAAUUACCAACACGCAAGAGAAUUUAACGAGGAGCUAUAA